CGUGCUCCCGAGCAGCAGCCGCCGCCGCCUCCUCGUCGGGCUCGGGCUCCAGGCCUGUGGAGCUGUGCAUCUAUCCACCCUUCGCUGGGAGGUCUUGCAAGAAGACUUAAUACCAGGAAGACUUUCUGCCAGGCCUGGGGCUGUCCUUUCAUGCCCAGCAACCACCCCCAUCCAGCUUAUGCAAGUGGGUGUGGAGGUUGCUAUGUUAAUGCUGCUUGUCUUUGGGGUAUUACUUCAUGAAGUCGCUCUGAGUGGCCAAGAUGGGGUGGGUCCUGAGACUGCCAGUGAGCCAGGCAAACCUCUGUAUGACUACGCCAGCAUCCGCCUGCCCGAGGAGCACAUUCCCUUCUUCUUGCACAACAACAGGCACAUUGCCACUCUCUGCAAGAAGGACUCACAUUGUCCAUAUAAGAAACACUUAGAAAAUCUAAAGUACUGCUGGGGUUAUGAGAAAUCCUGCAAACCAGAGUUCAGAUUUGGUUACCCUGUUUGCAGCUACGUGGACAUAGGAUGGACCGACACUCUGGAGUCAGCUGCAGACAUGUUCUGGAAGCAAGCUGACUUUGGAUAUGCCAGAGAGAGGCUGGAGGAAGUACAUGUGCUCUGCCAGCCAGAGAAAAUGAGCGACUCAAGCCUGGUGUGCUCCCAUUAUCUUCAGUAUUGCAGAGCGACCAAUCUCUACCUUGACUUCAGGAACAUCAAGAGAAAUCAUGACAGAUUCAAGGAAGACUUUUUCCAGAGUGGUGAAAUUGGAGGACACUGUAAACUUGACAUUCAUGCAUUGAUGUCUGAAGGUCAGCACAAAAGCCCUCUGCAGUCUUGGUUUGCUGAGCUACAAAGCUAUACUCAGCUCAACUUCAGACCUAUAGAAGAUGCCAAAUGUGACAUUGUUAUUGAAAAGCCAACUUAUUUCAUGAAAUUAGAUGCAGGCGUUAACAUGUAUCAUCACUUCUGUGAUUUUCUCAAUCUUUAUAUUACUCAGCAUGUGAACAAUUCCUUCAGUACAGAUGUGUACGUGGUUAUGUGGGACACGAGCUCUUACGGAUAUGGUGACCUGUUCUCUGACACGUGGAAAGCAUUUACUGAUUAUGAUGUUACACAUCUGAAAACCUACGAUUCCAAAAGGGUGUGUUUUAAAGAAGCUGUGUUUUCAUUACUGCCCCGUAUGAGGUAUGGGCUGUUCUAUAACACUCCUCUGAUAUCUGGCUGUCAAAACACAGGCUUGUUCAGGGCCUUCUCCCAGCAUGUACUGCACAGACUGAACGUCACACAGGAGGGACCCAAGGAUGGAAAAAUUCGAGUCACCAUUCUUGCCCGAAGCACAGAAUACCGGAAAAUACUAAAUCAAAAUGAGCUUGUAAAUGCACUGAAAACAGUAUCUAUGUUUGAAGUCCAGAUUGUUGAUUACAAGUACAGAGAACUGGGGUUUUUAGAUCAGCUAAGGAUCACACACAACACGGACGUAUUUAUUGGAAUGCACGGAGCUGGUCUCACCCAUCUACUUUUCCUUCCAGACUGGGCUGCUGUAUUUGAACUAUAUAAUUGUGAAGAUGAACGCUGCUACUUGGACCUCGCCAGGCUGAGAGGUGUCCACUACGUCACUUGGCGAAGGCAGAGCAAAGUCUUUCCUCAAGAUAAGGGCCACCAUCCAACUCUGGGGGAGCACCCGAAGUUUACCAACUACUCUUUUGAUGUAGAAGAAUUCAUGUCCCUUGUCCUUCAGGCCGCAGACCACGUACUGCAACAUCCAAAGUGGCCAUUUAAGAAGAAACGCGAUGAGCUGUAA